UCUUUAGUGCCUGGCAUUUUUGCAGUGUACCUGAGGUUUUUUCCUUCUGUUUCUUGUUUUGUGAAAUGGGUGAAGCUCCUACCUACCUGCUUUGAACAGCUAGUCUGUCUCUCUCUCUCACACACACACACACACACACACACACACAUAUGCUCCAUGUUGCUCUUCCCACUCCAUCCAGCCGCCCUGUCUCAUUCCUGAUCCAAGCUGCUUUGAGCUCAGAGGACUCUGAUCAUCCCUCGCUAGUGGAUUUUCCUUACAGACUGUCUCCAAGAGCUUUCCCCCCUCUCUUGCCAUUUUCACCUGUUGAGAGAAUACGAAUCACAAUGAAGGUUCUGGGACAUAAGAUAGAAUUAUUAACAGGACUGCUGCUGCAGGAAGUGACCAUGGCAGGGCUGCACGAGCUGCGAUUCACCGAGGAGAAGCCACUGCUGCGAGGCCAGGAUACUGAGCUUGAGCAUUCGGAUACGUUCCUUUCUGCGGUGGACACGGACUGGAAGGAGCAUGAUAUCGAGACCCCAUACGGGCUGCUGCAUGUGGUCAUUCGGGGGUCCCCAAAGGGAAAUCGCCCAGCCAUCCUGACCUACCAUGAUGUUGGACUCAACCACAAGCUGUGCUUCAACACCUUCUUCAACUUCGAGGACAUGCAGGAGAUCACCAAGCACUUUGUGGUGUGUCAUGUGGAUGCACCAGGGCAGCAGGCCGGAGCGUCGCAGUUCCCGCAGGGAUACCAGUUUCCAUCCAUGGACCAGUUGGCUGCCAUGCUUCCUAGUGUGGUCCAGCAUUUUGGGUUCAAGUACGUGAUCGGAAUCGGCGUGGGAGCAGGAGCCUAUGUCCUGGCCAAGUUUGCUCUGAUCUUCCCAGAUCUGGUGGAAGGGCUUGUCCUGAUGAACAUCGACCCCAACGGCAAAGGCUGGAUUGACUGGGCAGCCACCAAGCUUUCUGGCCUGACCAGCUCUUUGCCUGACACCGUGUUAUCUCACCUGUUCAGCCAGGAAGAGCUGGUGAGCAACACGGAGUUGGUGCAGAGCUAUCGGCAGCAGAUCGGGAGUGUCGUGAACCAAUACAACUUGCAGCUGUUCUGGAACAUGUACAACAGCCGCAGAGACCUGGACAUUAACCGGCCUGGGACUGUCCCCAAUGCGAAAACGCUUCGCUGCCCCGUCAUGCUGGUGGUGGGGGACAACGCGCCUGCCGAAGAUGGGGUGGUGGAGUGUAACUCCAAGCUGGAUCCAAUCAACACCACGUUCUUGAAGAUGGCCGACUCUGGGGGGCUCCCACAAGUCACACAGCCUGGAAAACUGACCGAAGCCUUUAAGUACUUCCUGCAAGGGAUGGGUUACAUUGCGUACUUGAAGGAUCGGAGGCUGAGUGGAGGAGCAGUGCCCUCAGCCAGCAUGACCCGGCUGGCCCGCUCCCGCACUGCCUCCCUCACCAGCGCCAGCUCAGUGGAUGGCAGCCGCCCCCGGGCCUGCACCCACUCGGAAAGCAGCGAGGCCAUGGGGCAGAUCAACCACACCAUGGAGGUAUCGUGCUGAGGUUUUUGGUCCCUCCGCCGUCUCCUCCUCCUCCUCUUCCUCCUCCACUGGAGACAUUUAGCAUCGUUCUGCAUUGAGUCACCAUCCA